CAUGCCCGACUGUCCAGCGGAACUCAUGCAUACUCCACUCCGGGUGCAUUGAAGCGGAAACGCGAUUCCACCAGUGGUAUUCCAUCAAAGGUUAGUGCGAGCGAUUCUGUCGUUUAUGCGGCACAUUCGGAAGAAGACGAGGAAGAGGAAGAAGACGAGGGAGAGGAAACAGACGACGCCGCUCGUGGUACACAUCCUGAUCAAGAGGUGAAGUCAGCCACAGAUGGAAAUACAGAUGAAUUGGGCGCAGAAGAAGAUGAGGAUGAAGAAGCAGAGCCGGAGGCUGAAGAACCAGAGUUGGGAUAUGACGAUGAGGAAGAGGAGGAUCAGCUCACCGCGAUUGUUCGUCGACAACGUGAAGCAUUUUCUGCUCGCGUAGCCGCAGGCCGUCCAAGCAUUAGAAAUCAGAUAAGGCCAAAUCCGAGUGAUCUUUCACGUCCGUUGUCCGGGGCCAGUUCUGCGGCGAUUGCUCGGGUAUUGCAAACGAAUAAAGUACUACGUGAGUGGAAGAUAUUGGCGCGUAAAGUGUUGUGCAAAGUGGCCCGACAAUGUCUUGCUACGAGACGUGAGAAAAUCAGUGCCGCCAAACGGGCUGCUCGUGAAUGUGCACGAGUCGUACGACAACGCGCGCUGUUGUCACACAAGGCAGGCAAAGAUGCUGUCAAUCGCGGACAUCGUCUUUGUCGAGAGAUUGCCACUAAUUGGCGUAACUCCGCUCAAAGCAUGCUCAAUGGUACUGGGCCUCUGACAGUUAACGGAAUCACAUUUCCUGCCGGUACGGAUUCGACUGGGUCUUCAUCGUCCGCCAUGUUGCGUCAGUCGGACUACCACGCCUUUGGAGUCUCAGCGAAAGGUGACGCUUCGGGUGGAAUCAGUGGUUCAGAUGGUACUGCUGUGGAAUCAGCUGCGGCAGCCCGACGCCGGGCAGAAAGAGCUGCGGCGGAACAGCGUCGUGCUGACCUUGAGUUACUCGAAGCCCGGAGGCAACAACGUAAACUGAACUUUUUAAUUACUCAGACGGAGUUGUACGCUCACUUUAUGGCUCGAAAACUGGAUGCAGUUGUUACCACGAAUACCGUUGAUCAAAACAAUGCUCUGGACGGGGAGAAAACAGAAAAUUCAACCGAAUGGCCUGCGGUAUCGGAGACGGACCGAGAGGCAGCGGAAACCACACGCAUUCUCCGUCGGCUUGAGGAAUCAGAUGAUGAAAUCGAGGAACGGGUUGGAGAAGAAUCGAAAGACGUAGUAACAGAAGUAGUGCCUACAUCGGCGCUGGAAGAUCCUUCCGCGGAGUCUACAACAGGAUCGCCGACCAAGUCACCUACCUCGCAAGCAAAAUCUACUGGAUCCAGUUCAAUAGCUGUUGCUGCUAAGGCUGCAGCAACUCGUUUAGGAAUCAAAACCGAAGAUGAAUAUGAUAUUCAGCGUAUGAAGUCGGAAGCAAUGUCCAAAGUGCGUUUGGCCGUGGAACGUGAACGUGAUCGCCGCUCACAAAUCGAACACCUGAUUCCCACUCCUGCCAUACCGCCCGUGGAUCGACAACAACAAACGUCAGAUCCGAAGACCACUGCCACUGUGCAAUCACCACGUUUGUUUCAAGGCAGUUUGAAGGCUUACCAGUUGCAGGGUCUCAACUGGCUAUUGGGACUUUUCGAUCAGGGCAUCAAUGGGAUUUUGGCCGACGAGAUGGGCUUGGGGAAAACCAUUCAAACGAUCGCAUUUUUGGGCUACUUGGCCGAGACCUACAAACUAUGGGGCCCGUUUUUGAUUGUCUCACCAGCAUCAACGUUGCACAAUUGGACGCAGGAGUUUGCCCGAUUUCUUCCAUCUUUUCGUAUUGUGCCCUACUGGGGGAGUCCGGCUGAGCGAAAGGUGUUGCGCCGUUUCUGGUUCUCUGCCCGUCAGGCCGGUUCUUCGUUGAACACCUCUGGUUCUCACGAUCCGGACGAUGACGGACCAUCGUCUGACUGGGUCACACAUGGACAACUGGGAACGCGUGAGGCCGAAAUGCAUGUGGUCAUAACAAGUUAUCAGGUUGUUCUACAGGAUGCCAAAUUUAUCAACAAAACUGCCUGGUCUUAUAUCGUUUUGGACGAGGCACAUGCGAUUAAAAGUACAUCCAGUUUGCGUUGGCGCAUCCUGUUGUCGUUCAAGUGUCGCAAUCGUCUUCUGCUCACAGGAACACCGAUCCAAAAUACAAUGCAAGAACUCUGGGCUUUACUGCACUUCAUUAUGCCAUCUUUGUUUGAUUCACACGAUGAAUUCGCCAACUGGUUCUCUCGUGACAUAGAAUCCCAGGCAACUCAAGCCACAACCGGGUCCUCAUCCGGUGCUGCGGGUUUGUCAACGUCCAAACUGAAUGAGAAUCAAUUGUCUCGCUUGCAUCUAAUUCUCAAACCAUUCAUGCUUCGACGGACCAAAGCCGAAGUAGAGCAUGAGAUUUCGAAAAAGACUGAGAUUUUACGAUACUGUCCUCUUAGCAAUCGACAGCAAAUCCUGUACGACCGAUUGCGUAACAAAAUUCGUCUAGAGGAUCUCAGUUCUGUGAUUGGUUCCGAUCAAUCGAACACUGGUUCGAGUGAUCUUGGUUUGGUCUCCCAUCCAAGCGGUCCGAUACCCUCGAAUGCAACCACUCAUCUCAUCAACCUGGUCAUGCAAUUGCGCAAAGUGUGCAAUCAUCCGGAUUUGUGGGAAACACGGGAUGUCCGCUUUGCCUGUUUCCACGGUGCCAUUCGUCCUACAGAGCAUGAGCGUGCCGGCUCCAGUCGAACGAGAGAGCACAGUUUCUGGCUUCCUCGUUUGUUUUACGAUGAAGGUCUUCUCCCCGGGCUGUCUUGGACGCAUACGGGAAUCAGGACACAGUUACCCGGUGUCAGCCUACCCGCAUGGCCUAUCGACUCACUGACUUACUUAACAGCUGAUCAGCUUGCCGCCGUUGUGCACUGGUUCAGCAUUUUUCAUCCGGCUCACGUGCACGCUGAUCUAUGGCAUCACGAUGACUUGGAACCGGAUUUGGGCCCAUGGUCAGAACAAGUAACUCCGCAGAUCGGUUCUAAUCGGACCGACUCGGUUCAUCCGUCUAAAUGUUUCUCUUUUUCCCGCCUUCUGGACCUGUCUGUUCAAGAGCUAUGUUUGAUCGCAUGCACAGGUUGGGAUGUUCCUGUUCCACGGCGAUCUUAUCCGUCGUUCUUUGGCGAUCGGGAACCAGUCGAUCACCGACCCGAUGGUGAAUUGUUGCCAUUAAUCGGACAGUUGCCAAAACAAAAAUUCGCCCCCUCCCGAGCUGUUCUACCACAGCACACCUCACACUGGCUUCAUCCUGCAUUCAAGAUAGUCACUCUUCCGGAAGCUCAUCUGGGCGAGCAUGUCUCAAUACCGCUAUCUGGAUGGAGUUCAUGGGAUCUGAUGAGUCCGACCAGUACUUACAGCUGUCCCGAGCCAUCUGUUCUUCGACGCUAUCUCACCCUGGCCACAGUGAACAAGGCAAAUCUCGGGCCCGUUGGAUUGCACGUCCGUGCACCGUAUUUCAUGCACCGAUACAACCAUCUGCUCGCUCUCAGUCGCCCGGUUCCUGCCGGAUUGGAUCCUCUGUCAUCCCUCUCUAGUCGUAUCCCUUACGGCAUACCUCAGUCAAUUUGUGUGCCUGAUUUUUCACGUGAUAUUGAAUUGAUCUCUCUGGCCACGCGAAUCGCUGACUCGGGUAAACUGGUCGCACUGGAUGCUUUGCUGAACGAAUUAAAACCAGCCGGUCAUCGAGUGCUGAUCUACUCUCAGAUGACUCGAAUGAUCGAUAUUUUGGAGGAAUUCAUGAUCUACAGAAAUCACGCCUAUUUGCGCUUAGAUGGCUCUUCUCGACUGUCUGAUAGACGAGACAUGGUUGCCCAGUGGCAAACCAAUCCGCGUUGGUUUGUCUUUCUUCUUUCUACUCGGGCUGGUGGACUGGGAAUCAAUCUGACCGCUGCGGACACUGUGAUUUUCUAUGAUUCCGAUUGGAAUCCAACAGUAGAUCAACAAGCCAUGGAUCGGGCACAUCGAUUGGGACAAACCAAACCGGUAACUGUGUAUCGCUUAGUAUGCAAAAAUACUGUCGAAGGUCGAAUGAUGCAACGGGCUGAAGAGAAACGAGCAAUGCAACAAAUGGUGAUCCAAUCCGGUCAGGAUGGUCAUCAUCCGAGCAAUUUGAUCCCGUCAGCUCGAGGUCAGGAACAACUCACAUCCUCGGAUAUGGUCUCGCUGUUGUUGGAUGAUGAUGAACUGGUCACCAGAUUACAACAAAAACGUCGAGCUCAAGCACCUCGUGGCCGUCCAAUAAAAUGUGCAUCAGCUCCACGACUCACGAGUACCGGGAGCGGGCAGAUAGACAUUGCAGAGAAUGAUCCGACCACUGGCCCGUCCAUACCUUUGAAUCCACCGGUGGAGUCUACCGCUUCUCCCAUUCGCAUUGACACUGCUCUAGAACGGAAACGUCAGGCGCUGUGGGCUGAAAUGCCUCGUGUUCCUAUGGGUCGACCGAAGAAAAUUCGUCCGAUCGAGUCCAUUGGAUCUGCUGCCAGCGUCGCUGCCGCUGCGUCUGCUGCAUCCUCUUUAUCUAGCAAUAAUAGCAAUAGCAAUAACAAUAAUAAUACCGCCUCCUAA